AUGGACAGGCUGGGCAAUCGGUGUCCUCUGCCAGGCUACCCUCGGCCCUCUGUCCUGUUAUGCCUCCUGAUCCUGACAGCUUCUUUCCUGACUUACCCCAUGCUCAGGACCCUUAGCCUGCAGCUCCAUUCAGCUGUCACUGGCAGUUAUGUCUCCGGCACUUACUCCAUCGUCUUUGUCAACUGUCCCAACGAGCAAAUUGCCAGAGAGAUUGCCAGGGCAAUCCUGGAUAAGAAGCUGGCUGCCUCUGUGAACAUCCUGCCCAAGGCAUCCUCAUUGUACUUUUGGAAUGGAGAAAUAGAAGAAGCCACUGAGAUCCUGUUGUUAAUAAAGACAAAGACUUCCAAGGUCCACAUGCUCUCCAGCUAUGUCAGGCUGGUGCAUCCUUUUGAGAUCCCAGAGAUCUUCAGUCUUCCCAUGGACCAAGGAGAUGUGCACUAUUGGAAGUGGCUGGAGGAGGGCAUGGAGGAGGACUGA